AUGAAAGAGGACGUGUUAAAAUUAGCGGGUCCACAGUUUACACACGGGCAUUGGUUUGGCGGUGAUGCAAGGUGUGUGGUGGAAAAAGCGUGUCGAGGGCUGAUGAACUUCCAGGAAAGCCAAACGUGGAAGUUGCACCAUAGAUUUCAGCAAGGUUAUUUCGACAUGGGCCGAAGAAAUGCUUGGAUGCGAGUCCGAGUGGAUAUGCUUUUAUGGUGGAGCAUGAUAGCGAAAGCUAUGAAAAAUUUCAUCAAAGUGAAUAGUGGCUGUCAGAUGGGCCAAAAUCGCAAGGUGGGGCCGUUGAAAUUCCACAUAGGCUACUCGCCAAGUUUCUGGAGUCGCCCACCCAAAACUUCUUCUGCUCUAAACAAAAACAUAAACUAUACAAACAAUCAGAGGCAGAGUACCGCAACAGCAAUGGAGCAACAUUCGACCUCUGAAGUUGAACCAAGCUCUCUACAAGAUGCUUCUGUUUCUUCUUCGUCGACAUCCUAUCCUUCCCCUUCGCCGGAAAAUCUGAUGAAGCUUUUGCGAGGAAAGACCGACUCUCAGCGCCUCGCCGGCCUUCUUCUUGUCACCAAGCUCUGUGACAAAAACGAUCAGCGUACCAUUCUCGACGUGUACGAGGCGCUCGGUUCCACUUUCCUCCAUCGCCUCUUGCUCACUGGAAUGGGGAAAGGGAGUGGUGGUGGGGGUGACAGCGCCAAUCGUGAGGCCUACCUGCGCCUGUCGGUGACGGUGCUUGCUGCAUUUGCUAGGGUUUCUCAGGUUGCCGCUAUGGAUGUGAUGCUAUCCAAAGUGCCCCUUAUUUUGGAGGUUCUGUCCAUGGAGUCUGGUUCAUUUGUCACUGAGGAGUGCUAUGAAUUUCUAUUUUUGGUGACUACUGCUCAUGAUGAUGGAGUGACAACUUUAUACAACUCUGGAGGCAUGAAAGUUUUGGCAUCUCAAAUGCCUUGUUUGUCAAAUGGUUCCCAUGCAAUGGAGCUUGCCAUGAAGCUUGUUCAGUUAAUGAUAAGCAAGCUAUCAGGUGAAAAAGUUUAUGUUGGUCAUCCAUCAGAGCUAUCAAUUAUGGUGGCUGCAAUAGCAAAGCAAUUUGCUCUGCUACACAAUGCUUUGAAGUUUGAGGCACUACACCUCCUUGUUGCUAUAUUGUCUUCAAAUUAUUCGGGAACUCUACAUGCUGUGCUUCGGUCAAUGAAAUGCAGCGACUGGUUAACUUGCAUUCGGAUUGGUGUCAUCGAUGUCUUACAGAAUCGAGUUGCUCCUGCUGAUAAAUUUCAGGCUCUUAUCCUUGUUGAGUGCGUCCUAUCAAUUGUUGGAGAAGAAUGGCUAAUUGGACCAACCACCUUACUUGAUGCACGUAGUUCGUUCCCUGCUGACAGAUGUAUACUGCUGGUUUUGGAGACUUCGAGGGUCGAAAUUGCUGUUGUCCUAAACGAGCUUGCUUAUUUAAAGUAUGAAGCCUCUGAGAAUUCUUCACGAAGUUCUGAAGCCUUUACUCUAAAACUUAGAAACCUUGGAAUUGCGUUCUCUUUGAUAGAGAAGAUUAUUGAACUGGUCUCAAACCUUGAAAACGAAGAAUCAAAUAUAGCUUCCUUGAUAAGCGAGAGCACCUCAAUUAAGAUUAUCACCGGGCUCAAUGAAACAAUUGGUCUGGUCCUUGACUAUCUGCAAGAUGCCAAGGAUCAUGGGGUCCGGAAGGGGGAUGACCUUUUAGCUUCUGUCAGAAUAGUUGGGAGUUAUCUUGCAGAAGCUCCUUGUGCAUGCAGAGAGAAGAUUAAGGAACGUCUUGGUUAUUUGCUAUCUGUUGAAGGAGAAGAUGAGUCAAGCCGUUCGUGCUCUGUGACCUUUUUGCUCCCUAUGCUGUGCCAAAUAACUAUGGAUGAUGAUGGAUGCAAAUUAUUCGACUCCAAUGGAGCUUUUGGAGCUGUUGUUGAUUGCCUUAUUUCAUUAAUUCAAUCCAGCCGCUCGAGGUCUGAGGAUGGCCGUACCAUAUUCUUGGCAUGCGAUACAAUUUUGAAUUUCCUUUUAAAGAGAGAGCAACUACAUUUUUACUUGGACAGUCGUACUGUUGUCAAGCUUUUGCUGGCAUUGCCAUGCUGGACAGAGUCUGCAAGUGAUCCAUCUGUGAUUAUGAUGGCGUCAAGCAUUUGCUCAUUAGUGCUUGGUUCGACUUCUGAGGAAUUUCUUCUUCGCCACCCAGAGUUUAACAGUGAUAAUCUAAAUACUCUAGCAAAGCUCAUAAAGAGAAGCUUGAUAACCAGUAAUCAGGAUCAUAUGCCUGAUGAUAGCAACUCAGAGGCUGGUCAAGCUGAUCUGCAUCAGAUAGUAAUCUCAGGAUAUUCGUCUUGGUCAGAUCGGUUUCCCCUUAUCAAACAAGCGGUCGAGGGAUGA